UCUUUUUCCUGUUCAGUGUUCUGUGUUCAACAAUGGACAUUGUAGUUUUUUACCAAUUUUUCCAAAACUUAUGUAAAUAGUUAGUGUUUAGGAUUACAAUUAACUAGCCUGAGAACAAUAUUACAAAGUGAUUAAGUUUUUGGCAGUUGCGUUUGAAUUAUAUCUUACGUUGAAAGUAGUGUAAAUCACGAUCUAAAAAGAUUAAAAAGAAAUGUUAUUUUAACUUAUCGUAUUGUUUAUCAAGUCGGCGUAAAUAGGAAUUAGGAUUUACAAACAUCAUAAUUUCAAUAAGCAUUAAGUAAAGUGAUUUCAAUUUUAAAGUCCGCGAUAUUAAGUAUACGAAAACAAAAUGUACAAAAAACCAAGUUCUGGUAAAAGAGGCAAUUUAUCACAGUUUGGGCUACUAGAUGUAGAUAUACCAGAUGUAGAUGAUGACGAGCCAUUGGAUGGAUCUGAUGAUGAUAUAGACUUGGAGGCGGAGCUGGCUGCUAUAAGUGGUGGUGGUGGCAAGCCACGACCAAAGAAGAGGGUGCCAGCGGUUGUGGCUGAUCUGGACAGUAUGAUUGCGGCCAGUUUGAGGGACAUCCCUUCUGAUGAAGAUGUGUCAGGUGAUGAAGAUGACCCCGAUCUACUUAGAGAAUUACAAAGCAUGUCACUCGAUGACGAAGCACCUACAGAACAGCCCCGUGCAACUCGGCCAGCCCCUCCUCCUCCCGGCAGCGCUGCUAGCUCCAACAGCACAAUAAACUUGCUGCAACAGAGAAUAUCCAACUAUACACUAGCCGAAAAAAAUGCUAAACAAGCCGGUGAAAGCAGUAAAGCUAGAAGGUAUGGACGCGGUCUCAAAACACUCAACGAUCUUCUAAAACAAGCAAAAGCUGGAAGACCUAUCAAGGAUGAAGAUAUCCCGCCACCAGUUAGUCUUGGAAAACCUGACUCCCAACCACCUGAAUCUCAACCAUCACCCCCUGAACAACCACUGACACCUCCUGAGCCCACACCUCCAAUGCCGCCUCCCCGCUCAACAUCUAUACCCAGUGCUCCAGAACCAGAGGAAAGACCUCCAACACCCCCAGAACCUAAAGAGCCACCACCCCCACCCCCUGACUUUGAGGCCAUGGAUCCGGCAAAGCAGGAGGGAUUGCAAGUUAUAUUGAAAAGAAAAGAAGAAUUCAAAGCUGCAGCUCUAGCGAGCAAACACGCGGGCGACAAAGCGAUGGCGUUAGAAUACUUGAAAGUGGUAAAGCAGUUCGACAUCGUCGUCGAAGCGUACAAGUCGGGCCAGGAAAUGGAUCUCAACGAGCUGCCGACUACGGAGGCCAUCGCUGCAGCUGUGAGGGACCAGCAGAAGGGAGAGGAUCAGACACAGAAUUCUUCUGAGCCAGCGCCAGAACCAGCGCCUGAGCCAGUCGGCUUGAUAACCGCAUCCACAGUCGACGAGGCGCUGAGGCAGAGGCUGGCUCAUUUCCAGGAGCAAGAAGCUAAAGCGAAAGAGGAAGGUAACUCUUCCAAGGCGCGUCGCAUGGGGCGCAUAGUGAAGCAGUACCAGGACGCCGUCAGACUGAACGCGGCCGGCAAACCGUUCUCCGCUGAAGAUCUGCCCACGCCCAACGGUUACGCGCCCCUGCCCACUUCAGGGUCGCAUCCAUCAUCAAGUACACCAGCACCAUCAACUCCGAAGCCCGCCCCGUCGCCGAGACCAGCCCCGAAGCCGGCAACCCCUCAACAACCAACGCGUUACGACAAGCAACUCGCUCUGUUGCUGCACAGACAGAAGCAGUUCAAAGAGGCGGCCAUACUCGCUAAGAAGAACGGCGACAUAGCGCAGGCCAAAGAAUAUCUUCGGGCGGCGAAAGGCUUCGACUCCGUGAUAGAGGCGGCGGAAGGAGGCCUCACGGUCGAUCUCAAGUCGUUGCCGCUACCACCUACUGCCAAAAAACAGAUCGAAGACACUUUCGACGUAGUAUCCACCGAAGACUGCGGCCCGCCCGACGACACCGCCAUCAGGCUCGACGACGAGGACGUGAUGAGCCGCUUGCACCAGCAGCUUACGAGCCAGCUCAAGCUGUGCCUCACCAACAGGGACCACUACCGCGCCAUGGGCAACAUCGCCGAGAGCAACCGCUUCGAGCACCUGGCCGUCAGCGUCAAACAGGACUUGGAUGUGGUUGCUGUUGCUAAGAGGUUAGUGAUGAGCCGCUUGCACCAACAGCUCACGAGCCAGCUCAAGCUGUGCCUCACCAACAGGGACCACUACCGCGCCAUGGGCAACAUCGCCGAGAGCAACCGCUUCGAGCACCUGGCCGUCAGCGUCAAACAGGACUUGGAUGUGGUUGCUGUUGCUAAGAGCUUAGGCGAAAAUCCCCCGAAAUUCCACUACGAGAAUCGCAAGUUCUCGGUUGUGCAGUGCAAUACAGACCUUAACGAGAACGACUUAGAGCUGACAAUCGUGCGCGGCAUCGCGUACAAUGUGCCCAACCCGAAGGACGUCGAUACUUACGUCAAAUUCGAGUUUCCUUUCCCUCAGGAGGCGCCAGUGUCGGAUCGCACGCCGCUUGUGAAGGACACCAACAGCCCGCAGUACGACGCCGUGUUCACGCUGCCCAUACAGCGCGGCGCGCGCCCCUGUCUGCGCGUCUUCAAGCGGCACGGCAUCAAGUUGGAGCUGUACUCUAGAGGGUGUGGCAGCUGUAGUGGCUUGUGUUGCAGCGGCUGGUUCAGCAAGGACUCGCUGCUGGGGGGCCUCACCGUCAAGCUGGCGCCGCUCGAGACCCAGGUCACGCUACACGAGGCCUUCCCGCUAAUGGACGGGCGUCGGCCCGCCGGUGGCUCCCUGGAAGUGAAGCUUCGAGUGCGCACGCCUCUUCUGCAGCAGCAAGUCGAGAGCACCACGCACCGGUGGCUCGUCAUAGACAACUAGACUCCACAACUGUCAUAGACAAACGAUUCUUGUUGAUCAUCUGUGUGCCUAGUCAGUGUGCCUAGUGGGAGUUUUCAAUGUUUUCAUACUGUUACUAUCGCGUUGACGUAAACGCAAAUUUAUAUGAAAUUGAAACAGUUGUACAGUAGUGCCACUAAAUGGCGCUCCUUCCUUAGAAAUUCGCGUUUACGUAACAGUAUCAAACUGCCACUAGGCCCCCUGAUAUAUUAAUGUGCGAUUGACAAUGCUGGUUCGUCAUAACAACAUAUGACAACAACUAGACUCAAUAACUGUCAUAAAAAACGAUCGUCUUUUGUGUUGGUGUCACAUUGACAACGCUUGCUCGUCAUAGACAAAUGCACUCGUAAAAACUGUCAAAGACAAACGCUCUUUUAGAUCCUCAGACUAAUUACAUAAGGACCUAAUAUCGCACCCAAUUUUUCGAACAAAAUUGUCUGUCAUUUUUCGAGGAAAAUGAGCUUUGAUUAGUCUUAUAUUAAAUACAGCUCGUGAGCUGUAGUAUUUGACAGUUUGUUUCACUCUUAAAAGAAUGCCGCAAUUCACGAUAAUAGUACGUAUUAUGAACAUCAUACUGACAUCUGUCACCCACACCAUGCUACAGCGCACGAACGAAGCUGUUGACCGUAGUUUACACCAUUAAUCUACGCCAAAAGUUUUUUUUGUACGAGUUCUUUAACUGACGAACACGAUUACAACUAUAAAACGUCAGUUCUAUACAGGCAGCUUUUAUAAUCAUUAGCAUUAGAUCGUUGAUCAUAUACUUUGACAGAAAAGUAACGUCUAGCGAGACAGGUCCUUUGUAAUUAGUCUGAGUUUAGAUUAUAUGCUGUAAAGUAAUGUUCGUGGUCACGCUACAAGCUUAUUGAAUAAAAAAAUGGUUGUAUGCUGAAUAAUUACUUUUCAUCAGAAGUGAUUUUAGUUAAGCCCGUAUUAUAUUAUAUAACUACACGUUAUAAACAUACAAAAAAUAUGUCUAUAAGUCCAUCGUGAUGGGAAAUAUUUUAAUAACAAACUCAGUGUAUAUUUUUUUUUAUUUAUGGGACGAAUAAUAUAAUUUAAAAGAAUAUUAAAAUUACAGAAUCAAAAUAACAAGAUGGCGAAUGAUAUUGUAAAAAAAAGUUUUAUGAAAAUGUAAAUUUAUUUUUAUACUCACAAAUGUCUGUACUAAAAUAUUGCUUACUUAAGUGCCUGUUGCUUUUAUUAAAAUCAAAGCAUUGUAGAUAUUAUUUUAGGUUAUAUAUAUUAUUAUAAAACUGUGUUUUAUAUUUAUUCUACCAAUGUUUUUUUUUAGUCCAUUGAAAUGUUACAAUUUAAGGAUCGAGUAUUGCAUUUUUAGAGGACGCCAUUUUAUUUUUGUGGCAUGUGUGGGAAGUCAAUAGAAGCAUAACCUCAAAUUUUUUGGGAUCGCCAUCCUUGUCCCGCCGCCAUUUUGAAAAAGAGGUGAAAACAAAUUUUGAUUUAGGGCAAAAAGUUAAACAAUAAACAUAUUUAUAGGCAAAAUAAUUUGCUACAAAUUUUUAGACUACAAAUUUUUUGCAAGACGCGUAGUUUCCGAGAUAUCGCGAAAAAACUCCUUCAAUGUUUCAACCCCUUGUUUUCAUCCCUUUUUCAAGAUUGCGGGAGGGGGGGGGGGGCAAGAGUGGCUAUCCCAAAAACUUGAUGUUAAGCUUGACCCCUCACACACGUCCCAAAAAUAAAAUUGCUUCCUCUAAAAAAAAAGCUCAUGUAAAAUUUCAAUGGCCUAUUUAGAGUAUGAGGGAAAACAUGACAGCAGUUAUAUUGAAAUGUUGUCAAAUGUAAAACACCGUUUUCAAGUAUAUAUUUUGUUUAUAAUAACAAUAAAUGAAUAACAUCGAAAUCACCAAAUAUGAUUUGAAUAUAUUUAUGUUGAUAACCAAUUUU